CGCAUAUGUAUUAAAAUAAAAUUUAAACUCGAAUCUGGAAUGCCUCCCCUUUGCUACCUCAUCUCACCCACCACCCACCAAACAAGGAAACAAAAGUCCUAAACUCGGAUUAAGACUAAAUAAAUUGAGUGGUGACCGAAUCCCCAAGCUCGUGCAAUUGUUUAUAUGCUAUAAAAGAACGCGAUCGUCGUUCGUAAUGUACAUCUUGUUCCUGGAUCUCUUCAAGGAAAGAAGAAGAAAGAGAGACAUCCUUGAAAUACAUUAAUCAGCUCGACUGUACUACGACAAACAUGGCGGCGACCAAAGUUUAUAUUGUUUACUAUUCUAUGUAUGGACAUGUGGAGAAGCUUGCUCAAGAGAUUAAAAAGGGUGCUGCCUCUGUUGAGGGGGUAGAGGCCACAUUAUGGCAGGUUCCUGAAACACUUCCAGAGGAGGUGCUUGUGAAAAUGGGUGCAACACCCAAGGGUGAAGCACCAAUCAUUGAACCUCAGCAACUUGCUGAUGCAGAUGGCCUUGUAUUUGGAUUUCCAACAAGAUUUGGCAUGAUGGCUGCUCAGUUCAAAGCUUUCCUGGAUGCGACAGGUGGCUUAUGGCGAACUCAGCAAUUGGCUGGCAAGCCAGCAGGCAUUUUCUUGAGCACAGGAUCUCAGGGUGGUGGACAAGAGACUACUGCAUUGACGGCUAUAACGCAACUGGUUCACCAUGGAAUGAUCUAUGUACCUAUAGGGUAUACAUUUGGAGCUGGCAUGUUUGAGAUGGAACAAGUCAAAGGUGGAAGUCCAUAUGGUUCUGGAACUUAUGCUGGAGAUGGUUCACGCCAGCCCACGAAGUUAGAAUUGGAGCAAGCUUUUCAUCAGGGAAAACAUAUUGCUACCAUUACCAAGAAAUUGAAGGGCGUAGCCUGAGUAUACACACCAUUGUUGGACUUUUAUCCUUUCUGUGAUAGGAUUUUUUUCCCCUUAAAUUUGUUCUCCUAUAGGUUAAUUCAUAUGGUAUGAAUAUUUGGGAUUGAAUCACAGGUACUAUGAAUAAUUAAAUGCUUGUGCCAAUUUUUUUGGUGCAUGCUUUUAUCUCC